CGUCGAGUCACGUGCCCUCUUCACAAUUUCAGGAUUACGUUAGUUGGUAGGAGUGAUCCUAGAUGAUGGAGGGGCUACAUCGGCCACAACUGUUUGACUUCCAUGGAGUCUCCAUGAUCAACGCUUUCACUGACAACUGGGACAACGUACAGAACUUCAAAGCAAGACCAGAUGAUAUUGUUAUUGCUACGUACCCUAAAGCAGGAACCACAUGGGUCUCUUACAUCAUAGAUCUUCUGUAUUUUGGGCACAUGGGUCCAGCUCGUCAGACAUCCAUCCCUCUUCAUGACAGAGUGCCCUUUCUGGAGCUCUACGUACCUUUUCUACCUUCAGGUACCGAUUUGGCAGACAAACUUCCCACCACUCCUCGUCUCAUUAAAACUCAUCUACCAGUCCAGUUUGUACCAAAGUCCUUCUGGGAGCAGCGCUGCAGGGUGGUCUAUGUGGCCCGCAAUGCAAAGGACAAUGCAGUGUCCUAUUUUCACUUUGAACGCAUGAACAUUGGCAUGCCAGAACCAGGAGACUGGAGCACCUUCCUGCAGGACUUCAUGGAGGGAAAGAAGGUUUUUGGAUCGUGGUAUGACCAUGUGAACGGCUGGUGGGAGAAGAAACAAACUCAUUCAAAUUUUCACUACAUGUUCUAUGAAGAUUUGAUUGAGGACUAUGAAAAAGAAAUAGACCGACUGUGUUCCUUCCUUGGUUUGUCUCCUUCAGUUGAAGAGAAGGAAAGAGUCAGAGCCAGUGUGACGUUUGACAGCAUGAAACAAAACAAGAUGACCAACUAUUCCACAGUUCCUGUGAUGAACCAAGAGGUUUCUCCUUUCAUGAGAAAAGGGAAAGUUGGUGACUGGAAGAACCACUUCACUGUGGCUCAGAAUGAGCAGUUUGAUGAAGACUACAAGAAGAAGAUGAAGAAUCCUGAGCUAAAGUUUCGCUGUGAAAUUUAGAGCCCUGGCUGAGCGUGAUGGAGCUCUGAAGUUAACUAGUUGAGGAUAAACCAAGUGUUGAGACAGAUUAAUUAGUAUCCCUAUUGUAGUAUUAGUAUUCCUAUAUUAUAAUGCUUAUCCAGUUCAGGGUUGUGUGGCGACUCGAGCCCAUCUCAGCUAUCAUAGGGUGAGGCAACAGUGCUAACCAACACACAACCAUGGUGCCAAAUAACGUAUUAACUGAAAUUAAUUUGAUUUUUUUAUUUGAUAUGCUCCCAUUUUGAUUGUAUUCAAAGAGAUGCAAAAAUGUCUGUUAUUGUUAUUAUGUCUGUUAUUGUUAUUAUCCUUGGAUAGCAUGCUGUUCAGUAGUGUGUUUAAUGUUUUGUGCAACAAAAUAACCAAAACUGUUUGCGAUUUUUGCUGAUAGCAUUGAAUGAACAGAUUUAAUCUGGUUUAUCUGAAUUUAUACUACUGGGUCUGGCAUUAAAAAGCCCAGCUAGGCAUGAUGGAGCAUUGAACAGAUGUGUGCAUGUCCCAACAAAUAAAUAAAAAUAUAUGUAUGGAUCAUCAGAAU